GAAGACGACACCAUCCGCCGCUUUCGCUAUCUGCUCGGCCUGACUGACCUGUUCCGCCACUUUAUCGACACAAACCCCAACCCGCGCAUCAAGGAAAUCCUCGCCGAGAUCGACCGCCAGGACGCCGAAGAGAGCAAAAAGUCAAAGACGAGCAAAAUCCGCAAAGGCGGUGCUGCUGCCGAGCGCCGGCGCAAGACAGAGCAGGAGGAAGACGCCGAGCUGGUGCGCGAGGAAAAGCAUGGCGGCCACAACGAGACGGUUUUCCGCGAGUCGCCAGGCUACAUCCAGGGCGGCACAAUGCGCGACUACCAGAUUGCCGGCCUCAACUGGCUGAUUUCCCUGCACGAGAACGGCAUUUCGGGCAUCCUGGCCGACGAGAUGGGCCUGGGAAAGACACUGCAGACCAUAUCGUUCGUCGGCUACCUCCGCUACAUCGCUGGCAUCACCGGCCCCCACUUGGUCGCAGUGCCCAAGUCGACCCUGGACAACUGGAAGCGCGAAUUCGCCAAAUGGUGUCCGGAGAUCAACGUCCUGGUGCUUCAGGGUAGCAAGGAUGAUCGUGCUGAGCUCAUCAAGGACCACCUUGUCCCUGACGGAUUCGACGUCUGCAUUACAUCUUACGAGAUGAUCUUGCGCGAAAAGUCGCAUCUGAAGAAGUUUGCCUGGGAGUACAUCAUUAUCGACGAGGCGCACCGCAUCAAGAACGAGGAGUCUUCGCUGGCGCAAAUGGUUCGCAUGUUCAACUCGCGAAGCCGGCUGCUCAUUACCGGUACCCCUCUUCAGAACAACCUGCACGAGCUUUGGGCCUUGCUCAACUUCCUCCUACCUGAUGUCUUUGGAGACUCUGCUGCCUUUGACGACUGGUUCUCUCAGCAAAACGAGGAUUCAGAUGCAGUCGUUCAACAAUUGCACAAGGUUCUGCGGCCUUUCUUGCUCCGCCGUGUCAAGGCCGACGUGGAGAAGUCGCUGCUACCCAAGAAGGAAAUCAAUCUGUACGUGGGCAUGUCUGACAUGCAGGUCCAGUGGUACAAAAAGAUUCUCGAAAAGGAUAUCGAUGCAGUCAACGGCGGUGCCGGCAACAAGGAGUCCAAGACCCGACUGCUCAACAUCGUCAUGCAGUUGCGCAAGUGCUGUAAUCACCCUUACCUGUUCGAAGGCGCUGAGCCUGGCCCACCAUACACGACGGACGAGCAUUUGGUCACCAACGCAGCCAAGAUGGUCAUGCUCGACAAGCUGCUCAAGCGCAUGAAGGCCCAGGGUAGUCGUGUGCUCAUCUUCUCCCAAAUGAGCCGUGUACUGGACAUUAUGGAGGAUUACUCAGUCAUGCGAGACUACAAGUACUGCCGUAUCGAUGGAUCGACUGCACACGAGGAUCGUAUCCAGGCGAUUGACGAUUACAACAAGGAGGGCUCAGACAAGUUCUUGUUCCUCUUAACCACCCGUGCCGGUGGGUUGGGUAUCAACUUGACGUCAGCUGAUAUUGUUGUGCUCUUUGACAGCGACUGGAACCCACAGGCCGAUCUCCAGGCCAUGGACCGCGCUCAUCGUAUUGGCCAAACCAAGCAAGUCUAUGUUUUCCGAUUCGUCACCGAGAACGCCAUUGAAGAAAAGGUGCUCGAGCGCGCUGCACAGAAACUGCGUCUGGAUCAACUGGUCAUUCAGCAGGGCCGCACACAACAACCAGUAAAGAACGCAGCAUCCAAGGACGAGCUCUUGACCAUGAUUCAACACGGUGCAGAGGCAGUGUUCCAGAGCAAGGGUCCUGUCGGUUUGGCCGCUACUGGCGAGCUUGGAGACGACGACUUUGACGCCGUCAUGCGCCGCGGUGAAGAGAUGACGGAAAAGCUCAACAAGCGGUACGAGGCGCUGGGACUGGACGACCUUCAAAAGUUCACAUCAGACUCGACCUAUGAAUGGAAUGGCGAGACUUUCCAGCCUCGAAAAAAGGAGAUUGGCAUCUCUUGGAUCAACCCAUCAAAGCGUGAACGCAAAGAGCAAAACUACGGCAUUGACUCGUACUACCGCAAGACUCUAGUCACCGGUGGUCGCACAGAGAACAAGCAGCCUAGGAUACCCCGCGCGCCAAAGCAGAUUGUCAUUCACGACUAUCAGUUCUUCCCCGAUCGCCUUGCAGAGCUUCAGGACAAAGAGACGGCAUGGUACCGCAAGGAGAACAAUCUCAAGGCACCUCUUCCAGAGGGUACUGACGAAGAUCUCGAGUCCCGUGAGGCGGAUCAACAGCUGGCACAACAAGAGAUUGACAAUGCCGAACCGCUGACGGAAGAGGAGAAGGCAGAGAAGGAACGCUUGAUUGAAAAGGGGUUCCCCGAGUGGAACAAACGCGACUUCCAGCAGUUUCUCAACGGUAGCGCCAAGUACGGACGCCAAAACUAUGAGGGUAUCGCUGAAGAAGUUGAUGGCAAGACGGCUGAAGAGAUUGAGGCGUACGCCAAGGUGUUCUGGAAGAAGUACAAGACGUUGGACAACUGGCAAAAGCACCUGGGCGUAAUCGAGGAGGGUGAGCUGCGCGUACGGCAGUCAGAGGAGAAGAAGCGUCUCAUUGCCAAGAAGGUGGGCAUGUACCGCAUGCCUCUUCAACAGAUGCAGAUCAAGUACACCGUCUCGACGACAAACAAGAAGGUGUACACGGAAGACGAAGACAAGUUUCUUGUGGUCAUGCUGCACAAGCACGGCGUCGAGGGCGAUUUCAUCUACGAGAAGAUUCGCGACGAAAUCCGGGAAUCGCCUCUGUUCCGCUUCGACUGGUUUUUCCUCAGCCGCACGCCACAAGAGAUUGGGCGUCGGUGCACCACACUGAUCUCUGCCAUUGUGCGCGAGCUUGGUGAUGGCGAUGCCAAGAACAAGAAUGGCAAGCGGGGAUACGAGGAGGAGGACACAGAAGAGGAGGAAGAGGAGCAGCCGAAGAAGAAGGCCAAGAACAGCGUCAAGAACAAGCAGCUUGACACGGUCAAGAGCAAGGCUUCUCCCGCUUCGGCGACGCCUUCGAGGGCAAGCAGUGUAGCGACCAACGGAUCGGCAACCAAGGGAUCAGCAACCAAAGCCAAGGGCAAGGGCAAGGCUAAGGGCAAGAAGAAGUAGCGCGCCAUGUGGGACCGGCGGGAGAAGCGCACAUGUGUCAUGGUGUUUUGGGCGUACGUGUGUAGCUGGGCAUCAUAGCGAGAAGCAUCUUGUGUUUGAUGGGGCCCCGAUGUUCAGCACGCGGCAUGUUUACUUUGUGUUUCUUUUGGAGCGUCUGAGGCGUCGCUUGGUCUUGUCCAGCGGCACCCUGCCCGUGUAUUUUAUGAAGACAGAUAGACAAUGUUGGCCGAGGGUGCU